GGUCGCGCGCCGUCCUCGCGAUGACUGCGGACACGAGAAGCCGCGCGAUGCUACUGGUGCUGUUGUUGCUGGCGCUGCAGCUCGACGGCGGCGCUCAGAAUCCCAGCAGCGCGGUGGCGGCGGCGACGGGCGCCGCCGGCGAGCCGAGAGCACGCACCCUCGGACUCCUCGCGGCUACGCUCAAGGAGCGCGUCGACGAGGCCAGGAGACGAUCCGAACAGUUGGAGUUGGUAUUUCUAAUUGACGCCUCGGCGUCGGUGGGCGAGGCAAACUUCCGAGGCGAAUUGAAUUUCGUGAGGAAGCUGCUGUCGGACUUCACGAUGGAGCCGACUGGGACGCGGGUGUCGAUCGUCACGUUCGCCGGAAGGGGCCAGAUCGUCAGGCACGUCGACUACGUGUCGCGGCUCACCGGCUACAGCGAGAAGUGUCAGCUGCUCAACAAACAGUUGGACAACGUCAGCUACACGGGCGGCGGUACCUACACCCACGGAGCUCUCAUGGAGGCCUUUGCCAUUCUGGAGAACAGCCGGGAGAACGUCGAGAAGGUGGUAUUUUUGGUCACAGACGGUUUCAGCAACGGAGGCGAUCCGCGAUACGCCGCGAACUUGCUGAAGGGACUCGGGGUUACAAUAUUUACCUUCGGCAUUCAGACGGGAAACGUUGACGAAUUGCGCGACAUAGCCAGCGAGCCCAGCUACGCCUACAGCUACUUCCUGAAUAGCUUCUUGGAGUUUGAGACUCUUGCGCGGAAAGCAUUGCACAGAGAUCUGAGAGCCGGUGUGUAUGCACCGGUCGGCAAUCCGCAUGAUUGCGAGCUGCUGUGCAGUGCCAGCAGCAGCAACCACGAUAAAGUUAACGAGUCCUCGGGAUGCUGCGAUCCGAUUGCCAGCUGCACCUGCGGCACAGCCAGUGGACAUUAUGCCUGCAUGUGUCCCGCGGGAUACUUCGGCAGCGGCCUCGCCGGCUCCUGUCUGCCAUGCCCCAACGGUACAUACGGCAUGCGCAAAAGUUCCAGAGACUUGUCGGUGGUGUGCGUGGCCUGUCCAGACGCCAAUCAGGUGACCAGGAAGGUUCCGGCGACCUCGUCGAGGGACUGCAUUUGCGCUCCUGGUUUCAGCAACGAACGAACCGGUAUUUGCGAAGCGAUAACUUGCCCACGUCUGAGAGCUCCUGAGAACGGAUAUUUCGUGAAGGAAGAUGUCUGUACCAACGUGUUGAAUGCAGCCUGUGGCAUUCGCUGUAGCAUAGGCUUUCAGCUUCAAGGUGAUAGCAUUAGGCUGUGCAAUGCUGACGGCAGAUGGUCGGGUGAAGAGACAAAGUGUGCGAUGAAAACUUGCGUCGCGCUUCGAGCUCCAACGAACGGACGUAUCAGGUGCGAACAUGAAAACGAGAAUAACCGUAGCAUAGUCAGCGAUAAAGCGGCCCAGCCAAUCGACACUCGCUGCCUGUUCAAAUGCGAAAGCGGAUUUCAACUUCGAGGCAGUAAAGUUCGAAAUUGUUUACCCUUGUCCAGAUGGGACGGAUUAAAGACAACAUGCAAACCGACACUUUGCGAGCCGCUUAAGCCGGUAAUCAACGCAGAAAUCUACCCGAAGAGUUGUAUGGGACCUAAAAAAUUGCCUUUUCGAUCAAACUGUACGAUCACUUGCAAAAAAGGCUACAAACUCGAAGGAGCGCGAACGCGUAUGUGCGUUGGUCGACACGGCACCUGGUCAAAAAGACACAGUGUAAGCCGUUGUAUAGAUAAAACACGUCCAGUUUUGCAUUGUCCGCCGAACAUCACUGUAAGUACGAUGCCUGGCAAAAAUUACGCUUACGUCAGUUGGUUAAUACCGAACGCAACGGACAAUUCAGGAUCUAAGUGCAACGUUUGGAGCAAGCCGCACGUGACGUUUCCGUGGAAAGUUCACAUUGGAAAGCACACGGUUAAAUACAUUGCCCAGGACAUCAGUGGCAACAGAGCGAGAUGUUCAUUUAGCGUGUACGUGGUUGACAAGGAACCUCCGAAGGUGGAAAAUUGCGAGAACAAUGAGCUGUUUUUUAAUGGAUCAGAAUCUGCAGGUGUCCAAGGCUCGAAUUGGGACGAGCCUGUUUUUUACGACAAUUCAGGGCUAGCUGUGAAAGUGAAUAGAACUAUUCAUACGACGAGCGAGAGGCGACAUUCUGUUUUUUAUACCGCCGGUGACAAGUUCGAUAACAUAGCUCAAUGCCUUGUAAAUUUAACAAUACAAGAUGCGUGCGAUAACAUCCCGAAACCUCUGAACGGACACGCCGAGUGUAUCAACACUAAUAAAAAGGGAAAGCAAUGCUACUUAUAUUGCAACGAGGGAUAUGCGUUCGCAUUUAAUACUCCUCAUCACAAGAUAUUGAAAAAUCACACUGUUCAAAUCGUAACGUGCCACCCGAUAAAGCACACAUGGAAUACAGCUAUUAUUCCUGACUGUUCUGCUAUUAAAGUUCCUGACACAAUUUCUCAAGAGACCAGCAUCAUUUUAGAUGGCGAUUCCAUUGAUUGCGAUAAUACGGCGUUGCUGGAUAACCUUACAAAACGCAUUAAUGACAGCUACAAUUUCAACGUUAUAAGUAUCUGCGGAAAUGAAUUAGAAUGUAAUGUAAAACAUGAGAUAAACUGCAAACAAUUCGUGGCGCGUGUCACGAGAAAUAUUGAUAAUGUAGCGGAUGAUGUCAAUAUUGAAAAGCGGGGACUGAAAAGGCACGGAAAAAGUAAGACCGAUAUUCUGCGAAAUUUGCCGAGGAGAGAACAAAUUGAAAUGAGAUUUACAUUCAUCGCAAAGAUAGUUGAACAAAAUCAGAAUAAUACUCGACUUGGGAUCAUGAAAUUAAGAGAAAAAAUUCAAUCGCUGACCAAAUCCGGGCAGCUGGACUUGCUGGAUAGUGAUACGAACAAAGAAAUCGGAAAAUUGGCAUUAAACCUUCAUGUAUUAUUUAAUGAUCCGCUGGAAAUAUGCGAGCCUGGCAGUAUAAUGAAGAAAAAUGAUUGCGUUAAAUGUCCUGCUGGAACAUUUCACAAUUCAACGAGAGGACACUGCCAGUCUUGUCCCAUCGGAGAAUACCAAAGCCAAUUGGGAGCCACAGCAUGCGAGAAGUGUCCUAUAAAUUUUUUCACGAGGAGAACGCACGCAAGAUCUUAUGCCGAAUGCAUACCGGCAUGCCGACCGGGAUAUUACUCUCGACGACGGCAUCAUCCAGAUCUUACGGUCUCCCUCAUUCCCUGCGUAUCCUGCGAAAUUGGAUUUUACCAGCCGCAAUACGGACAGAGCCGAUGUUUGCCGUGUCCCCGGAAUACGAUUACCGAGGGAAGAGCGACGACGGCAAUGACCGACUGUUUGCCCGUAAAUAGAGCUCAGAUCGAUUUGUGCAGGACGAAUCCCUGCCUUAAUGGGGCCACUUGUAUGAAAGAAAAGGACAGCUUUAGCUGCGAGUGCCGCGAUUAUUACGUCGGUUCUCGAUGUGAAAUAUUUGUAAAUCCGUGCAUUUCAUCGCCUUGCUCAAGUGCUGGCCAGUGUAUUUUGAAGAAUACUAGCCAAAACCAGUGGACUUACUUUUGUUCCUGCAGACCAGAUUAUACAGGAACGUAUUGCGAGACUUUGGUAAAUGAGUGUUCGUAUAGUCCAUGUCGAAACGGUGGUACAUGUUUGAGUACUGACAUGGAUAUUACAUGCACCUGUCAAGACGGUUUCGAAGGCAAUUUUUGCGAGGUCGCAGUGAAUCACUGCUCGCCUUCGCCUUGCGAAAUGAAUUCGACUUGUCGCAGCGUCAACGGCACCUGGAAGUGCUUCUGUCGGCCGGGCUAUUUGGGGAUGCGUUGUAAUUUGCUGCCCUGCGACUGGCUCCCCUGUCAUCUCAAUGAAAUAUGCGUUAACGUGUUGAAAGAGAAUGCAGAUAAGAGUGACUACAGGUGUGAAUGUCCUGCUGGUUUUACGGGUAGAGGCUGUUAUACUAGAAUCGAUCAUUGCGCGAAUCAUCCAUGUCAAAAUAACGGGACGUGUAUCAAUAAUUCAUCAGGCUAUACGUGCAAUUGUCGAGUCCCAUUCACAGGAUCUAAAUGCGAAACAGAAUUAUCAUCUGAUUAUAUAUUGCAGUUUUCAAGAUCCGGUAUAAAUGAUUUCGUAAUAAUGCCUGGUCCAAAAAAAAAUGUAUCGGAGUUUACAGUGUGCUUCUGGUUACAAUCAAUCGAUCCUUUCAAUUACGGAACAGUAGUUUCCUACGCAACACUCUCGCAGGACAAUGCACUCACCUUGACGGACUACAAUGGAUUUGUUUUGUACGUGAACGGAGAGAAGGUUAUUACUGACGCUCGAAUGAACGACGGCUAUUGGCAUUUCAUUUGCGUCAAUUGGGAAAACAAAUUGGGUUCCUGGCAAUUUUACGUCGACGGUAUUCUUGCAGAUAAUGGAACGUUUUUGGCAAAAGAUACGGAAAUUCAAGCCGGGGGAACUUUUGUUUUUGGCCAAGAACAGGAUGAAGUUGCCGGAGGUUUUUCAGAAUCUGAAUCAUUCCUUGGCAAACUAUUUUUAUUGGAUAUUUGGGAUUUUAAACUUGAAGCUGAUUACAUAAGUCAAUUGAGUAAAACUUGCCAGGAAUACUAUGGGUCAUUAAUUGCGUGGGCGCAAUUGCAGGAGCAUAUUAGGGGAAAAGUAGAUAUCAUGGAUAGUACAUUUUGUCAAGGCUGUCCUUUGCCGGUGGCACCUUUCAAAGGUUACCUCAAUAUAACACAAGAUGGAUUAGAAGUUCUUUAUUCUUGCGAGACUGGCUAUGAAAUACGUAAAAAUUACGAACACAUGAAGAGUUUGAAACGAAAAUGCUUGAAGCAUGGUCACUGGGAAGGCUUUCAAGUGCCUAACUGCGUGCGAGUGAAUUGUCCAUUUCCGGGAUACUUUUUGAGAGGCCACGUAGAAGGCAGAUCUUACAUGUACGGUGAUAAAAUUACGUAUCACUGCAAUGAAGGCUACAAUCUUAGGGGUAAUCCACAGAGAAUUUGCAAAGCUGAUGGAAAGUGGAGCGGAGUUACUCCGUUUUGCAUAGGAGUAACUUGUAAAAAUUUGUUGGCUCCCGAUCAUGGUGAUAUAGAAUACAUUAUCGUCGAGCACGACAGAGACGAUCUAUCUAUACUUCAGGUAGGUCAACAGCUCGAAUUCAAAUGCGACUCAGGAUACUUCUUGCACGGACAUAAGCUGUUAACGUGUCUCGAAAAUGGCACAUGGGACCACAAAAGGCCAUCCUGCAUAUCAACGGGUUGUCCACCUCCGAAAGAAGUUAGUCACGGUCGCAUCGUCGUGAAUAUCUCCUCGGAUUCCUCGGAGGCAUCAGACUACAGCGUUGGGACUCCGUUGGGAAUCGCGAAGAUGAGACUCGGAGCCGACGCUGAGCCGCUUUACUUUUACGGAGACGUCGUGGCUUACUCCUGCAAACCUGGUUACAAAUUCGAGGGUAAUCACAACCUCCUCGCGGAAUUCAAGCUCCAGUGUACGACCAGUGGAGCCUGGACUGGACUCGUACCCGAUUGUGUCCCAUUAAGGUGCUCGCCCCCUGAUACACCCGAAAACGCAAGGAUUUAUCUUAUGGAAGUGGACGAAGAAAAUGGUACCACGGUUGAAACACUUUUAGAUGAGGUGCCUCAUAAUUACAGUUUUGUAGACAAGGAAGACGAAAACGCCACUCAAUCUAAAGUAAACAUUACUACGAAUAUUUUAAAUGGCCACUUUGUUCCUGGCGCAAAAAUCAAAAUUGUUUGUAACGAUGGGUAUGAAGCCAUGACCGAAUCGGUUAUUCAGAAUUGUACCGAAAACGAAAUAUGGAGUGGCGAAGAUGUGAUAUGUGAACCGCUGCGAUGUUCCGUGGAAAAUCAUCCAGUCAUCGGUAUAUUUAUGAAUAAUACAGCGAAAUCCUCAAUAGAAACUCAAGAAUAUCAGCCUGAUGAAGAAGUUGAAAAUUACGAUAAAGAGAAUGUUACCGAUAUAUCGAAAAAUCUUGUAAAAAGUUUCGAUUUCUUUUUUGAGGGAGAUUCCUACGGAGAAAAAGUUAUCUUACAGUGUAGAAAUAAUUUUAAAAGAACUUUUCCAAUCGAUAGUUCUAAUCGCAAUAAUUUAGAGUUUGUAUGGCAAUGUGGCAAAAAAGGGACCUGGACAUUUUUGAAUUCUGCUUUGGACGAAAAUGAGACGGUAAAAAUGAUUUUGAACGAUCAAAGGAGUAUUUGCGCAGCUCAUAAAUGCCAAUUACCGAAAUUACUUUUGAAUGGAGAUUUAGAAACUGGAAAUGACACAAAAAAACGUGACGUCGAGGUGAAAGAAAUCGAUGAAACUAUAUCUUUUAAAUGCAAUCCAGGAUACAUUUUAACAGGUCCCGAAAAAUCGAUUUGCUUAGCAAAUGGAACAUGGUCUACCAUUCCGAGUUGCAAACCUGUCACUUGCGAAAAACCUACAAAAGUGCCAUAUGCAGAAUUGAAAACUGCCAAUUCUGAAUCGCUAACGCUUGGCAGUACAAUUUUUUAUCAAUGCGUGUCCGGCUACAGAAUUUUUGGACAACUUACUUCACGAUGCUUAGUCAACGGUAGAUGGUCUAAAGUAAAUGGAAGAUGUGCCAGAAUAUCUUGUGGGAAGCCACAACUUGCAGUAGGCGCUUCUAUACAAGGCAAUUCUUAUCUAUAUCAAGACCGUUUAAUUUACAUUUGCCCUAAUGGGAAAUUCCGAGAUUUUAUUGUGUGUAAUCGAGGUGGGAAAUGGAGCAAUUUACCCAAAUGUAUAUAAAAUAAACAGAUUUUUAAACGCGCUAACUGCACUUAAACUGCAUUUAAACAGUUUAAGAAGCUAUAGUUUUUUAACGAUUUCCUAAUACAUAUAAGUUUAUUAUUCUAAAUGUAGGUUAAAUAAAUAAAAGCAUUUGUAAAAAUUGUGUAUGUUAUAAAUAAAGAUCAAUUUAUUAUAAACACAUGUAUAUAUCUUCGCUUAUUGCAUCAACAUUCAUUUUUUUUAGUAUUCAACCCAUAUCUUCAUGCCAGUUUUUUGUCAAGACUGACGUGUAAAUGUACAAUUGUCGCCGAUUAUCUAUUUAAUUUUUCCAUAAAUUGUAUUUGAGACUUUUUGGUCACUCACUUUAUCAAGUCGAUGAAAAACCGUAAAUAUUUG